AGAUCCAACCGACAUUCGUCCACACUCCACCCUAUACAUUCCAAAAAUGCGCUUCAUUCUUGGCGGGUAAAUAAAUUUUCAAAUUUUGGCGAAAAAAGCUUUUCCGUAAGCAACCAUACAUCGAUUCCCCCAUUUCCAUCACUACCGGAAUGAAAUCCGUCCUCCAGUGCUGCUUCCCCCCACUGCUCCCCCCUUUCAACUUCAAAUGGGGGGUUCAAGCGUCCUCCGGUUAACGAGUCUCCUUUUUAUUUUCAAGUAGUUGAUUUACCCAUAAAUUAUUUGCUUAAGUGUUUGAUGGAAAAUGUAUUCCUUAUUUGAAAAUAUGGCUUAAAUUUAAGAGAAUCUUUUUUUAAAUACUUACAAUAAUUUAUCUGUAUUUUAAAUAUGUGACAGUGAAAUGGAAUUUACCAAGAAAAUAAAAUCACUUGUCAAUUUAAGACAAGCCAGUCGCUCAUCAGUAGACUUGACUGAAAUAGGAUCACCAGAAUCUGAGGAGCCAGUUAUUACUCGUGAAAAGGAGCCUGUCCACAAAAGUCUGAAUGAUCCUCAGGUUGAACAAGAGAUACUUAAUUCCAUAGAAGCUGUGUUUUAUAGUGAUGAAUCCUUUGAUGCUAGCGAGCACAAGCUGAAAGAAGUUCCUGAAGUUCCCGACAUCAAUGAAAUUGCUAAUGAAAGAACAAAACUGGUAUCACAGCUGCAUGUGGUUUCAAAGAAAUUAUCAGAUCUAAUUCUGCAGAACCAGUCAGCUCUGGCAGAAGAGUUGCAAUGUGUCACAGAAAUGCAGAAGACUUUGGAGGAAGCUUGCACAAUUUGUGGACAAAGUAGAAAUCUCCUAGCACAAACAAAGCAGGAUUUCACCACUGCCAGCCUUGGCAUUUUAGCUAGUUAUAGAAAGCGAGAGCAAUUAAAAUGCCUGCUACGCUCUUUGUGCAUGAUUAAGACUUUGCAAGAGACAGAUGUGAGAUUACGAGAACUGCUAGAAGAAGAAGAUUAUCCAGGUGCCAUCCAGUUGUGUUUAGAAUGUCAGAAAGCUGCUAGCACAUUUAAGCAUUUCUCCUGCAUUAGUGAAUUGAGCACGAAAUUGCAAGAUACUCUUGUCAUGACCGAAGAACAGUUGGAUGUGGCAUUAUCAAAAGUUUGUACCCAUUUUGAUAAGGUCCAUUAUGAAAAACUUCAAGAGGCCUAUAGCUUGCUUGGUAAAACACAGACUGCUGUUGAUCAAUUACUGAUGCAUUUUGCCAGUGCCAUCCACAACACAGCUUUCACGAUUGUUUUGGAAUAUGCAGAGAAGAACUCCAGCGGGAAGGUGCGGAGCCACCAAAAGAGACAGUAUUCUGAUUUAUGCCAGCUAAUAGAUUCAGAAAACUUCACUUCUUGUCUUGUGGAUCUUUGCAAAGCUUUGUGGCAGAUAAUGCACAGUUACUGGUGUAUUCUGGAAUGGCAUGAUAUUUUCAGUGUGAACAGGAAUCAGAUGAAUGAGAGUGUCAACAGUGAUGAAUUCAAUCGUAACUACAUUCAUCAGAAGCUUGAACAUGGUCUUCUGAGAGUGUGGCAAGAUGUGCAGCAGAAGGUCAAAUCAUACAUUCUUGCCUCCGACAUGUCACAUUUCAAGUUUGAUGAAUUUAUACAUAUCUUGGCCCUCAUUCAAAGGUUGAUUGAUAUUGGUGAGGACUUUUGUGGUAGUCGAUCAGAAGAUUUGCAAGAAUCUGUUCGAAAACAAUCUGUGAAUUAUUUCCGAAAUUAUCACAGAGGUUUUAUGGAAGAAUUGCGCACAUUCCUUGAGAAUGAAAGCUGGGGAAUUUGUCCUGUCCAUUCUGCAUUUUCCGCUGUUCAUUUACAGGAGUUCCGAUUUCUGGCUCGAACUACUUCCAAAUCUUUUUCUUCUCCAGAAAAAUCAGACAAAUCCAGUCGUGACAGCUUCUUCAAGAAACAAACGGAUUUCAGUAAUCCUUUUGAUGAGAAGUUAGAAGAGGAGGAAAAAGAAGAUAUACUUUCACCUUUAGAAACUGAUGAUUUAGAGAAGAUUCAUUAUAAUUCUGAUAGUGAUGACUCUGAAAUUCCAGAUGAACUCAAAAAAGAGUUCAUUGAUGAAAAUGCUGAAGACAUUCCAAGAAAAGUACAAACUAAAAUGAGUAAAAAAUCCUCAAGUAGUGGAAGGAAGAAACAAGUUCCUAUCUUAACCAACACAGCACUGAAUGUUUUACGCUCUUUUGGGAAAUACAUGCAGAUGAUGAGUGUCUUAAAACCCAUUGCCUUCGAUGUCCUUAUUUGUAUGACACAACUUUUUGAUUAUUAUAUGUAUUCUGUCUACAUUUUUUUUGCAAAAGAAAUGAGUGAUUUGACUGAAAAUAUUUUAAGCAAUAAACUGAAGACAACCUUAAAGAGGAUAAGAGAAAAUUUAAUGGUUGAAGAAGGAUCUGAAGCUUUUAACAGUCGGAACAAGGACAAAAUCCCACCUCCUGCACUCUCUGUAGCUGUUGAUUUAAAAAAAGCAGAAGAUCUGUAUGGGUUGGCAGAAAGAGUAGCUGCAGCAGAAUCUCUAGUGUUUUUAGCAGAACAAUUCGAACUUUUACAUCCUCACUUGGAGCUCUUGAUUCCUUCCACUAAAAGAGCUUUUUUACAACAAUUCUGCUCUCAGACUGUGAGUCAGGCUGCAGAGCUCCGCAGGCCUGUCUACAUGGCGGUGGCUGCCAGGUCAAUUGAUUAUGAGCAGAUUGUGGUUCUUAUGAGCACUGUGAAAUGGGAUGUCAAUGAAAUUAUGUCUCAGCAUAGCAGCUAUGUCGACAUUUUACUUAGAGAGCUGCAGGUAUUCAGCAUGAGGUUGUCGGAAGUGUCUCGGAGGGUCCCCGUCCCGAAAGAAGCGUACGAUCUUCUGUGGGAACACUGCAUUAGACUAGCGAAUCAUUCCUUUAUUGAAGGUUUCUCUGGUGCCCGCAAGUGUACAAACGGUGGACGAGCGCUGAUGCAGCUGGACUACCAGCAGUUUGUGAGCAAACUCGAGAAGCUUACCGAGCUGCAGCCUCUGCCUGGCAAAGAACUCGUGGAAAGCUACAUUAAAGCCUACUACAUGCUGGAGCAGAAUUUAGAGCAGUGGAUUCGUUCGCACAAGGAAUACACCAACAAGCAGCUGAUAGGCCUCGUCAGCUGUAUUACACAGUUGAAUAAGAAGGGCCGCCAGAGACUCAUCAAUCUGAUUGAAGAGGGAGACAAGCUGCGUAGGUGACACUCAAAUUGCGUUAUAAUUGUACAGCUGCUGGGUUAUUAAUAUUUUAAAUUUUUGAGUGUAUAUUUAUAUCAGAUGUUUUCAAAUAAAAUUAAUUGGUAAAUGGC